AUGGCGGCUGGAGGAGUGAAAGAGACUGACAUACUUUCCGAUGAAACUUUUGAUUUACUGUGCUCGGUGUGUAAAAAGAAAAACAAAAAUACAGAAGCUGCCAAGUUCUGUGUGGAUUGUCGGGAUUAUUAUUGUUCAAUUUGUGUGAAGUUUCAUGAUGACGUUCCUGCUUUAUCCUUGCACAAGAUUCUGGAUAAGGGUCAGUUCCAACCAGGGCCUGGCCAGGUGCUACAAAUGGUUCCCACUGAACGCUGUGACAAGCACAGUCAUAAACAUGUAGACAUGUAUUGUCAGAACCACGAUGAUGUUGGCUGUUCUACGUGUAUGGCGGUUGAUCACAAAUUAACGCCCCAAAGAACAUGUAAACAUGACUUUGGGACACAAAGUCUUGUUGAAGAUAUCAUACGUCUUGUAGAACAUACUCCGGUUUACUUUAAAAUUAAUAGGUUUGGCACUUGCAUAGGGUAUAAAAAGUGUUUGUCAGAAAGCCAGACAUUCGAACUUAAUCUUUUAGGUCAUUUAGAGGAGACUGAUACCAGGAAACAGUCUAAAAAUGAAUGUUAUAAUGAUAGUAAAACACAACAAAGUACACAAUAUAGCAGUAAGAAGCAAGCUGCCAGUACUACACAAAAAGCAGAAGAGAGUGCUACCAGGCUGAAGUCUUAUGACGGAUAUAAUAAUGAAAGUCAAAAGUAUCAAAGUACUCAAAGUAGCAGUAAGAAGCAAGCUGCCAGUACUACACAAAAAGCAGAAGAGAGUGCUACCAAUGAUAGUCAAAAGUAUCAAAGUACACAAAGCAGUAUAUGCAAGCUGUUAGUGCUACACAAAAGCAGAAGAGAGUGCUACCAGGUUGAAGUCUUAUGA